GUCAGUCAGGCAGCAGCAGCUGGGGACGAAUUCAGUUUGAUUUUGACAGUGGCCGCGUUCGGUUGUCGUCGAGUUAACGGCGCGACAAUCUAGAGCCGAUCAAAAGGCCACAAAGCCCAGCUUUUUACCUAAGUCGCGAGCAACAAGCAAAGCACAAUAAAUAUACAAGAGCAAAAGCAGCGAUAAAAGUGUUCAGUUUCGUUUCGUUUCGUUCAAGUUUUUAAGUUGUUUGUUUUAUGCUUUGUUCUGUACCUUUGUUUUGUGCCCAUUCUUUCGCUUUCACGUUAUCAACGCUCUCUUGUAAAUGACACGACAAACAAGCGCGAAAGUUUAUGUUUGAAAAAAGAGAAUAAAUAAAGAAAAAAGAAACGAAAAAUAAGAAAAAAAAAAAGUUGCAUUGGUUAUCAGACGCUGACGAUUAUAGACCUGCAUAUAAGCAAGAGAAGCAACGUGUGUCCGCGUUAUCAGACAACGAACAAAAAAACAAAAACAGAAAGCCGAAAGCGACCUCAAAAGAAAAAAAUAAAACUAAAGGUGGCACGUUGUUGUUAUGCCGAUGACUGCCAGCGUAGUUGUCACCAGCAACAACAACAGCAACACCAACAACAAGAACAACAACAACAACGACAACAAGAAGAACGGCAAGAAUCUGGAAUUGACAGACAGAGCCAUCGGUUCUGUGGUAUAUGCUAUAAAUUUGACGGAGUUGUGAGUUGCGAGUUGCCAAAGCGAACUCUUUGAAAAUACAAAUGAAAACCAAGAAAAAUAGCAUAUUAUUAUCAGCAACAGCGAGUGUACAACAACACACACUCAACCAAACACUUACACACACACACACACCAAUGUACUCGGCUGUUGAUUAUUACGCGGAAAUGGGACAAAUCUCUCAAGAUUGCUCCUCAACCGAUCUGGAUAUGGAUGAUCUCGAUGAAUGUGAUCAAGUUACACAAGUGAUUGGCUAUCAUCCACGCUAUCGUGAUCAUUUUCUGCGCACGCAGAAUUUCAUUAUGAAAGGCGAUGGACCGCUGCCCUAUUCUUAUAGAUACUAUUUGGCCAUAAUUGCUGCCGCACGCCAUCAAUGUCCCUACCUGGUAAAGCGCUACGAGAAGGAGUUUCUCAAUCAGGGCGGCAACAGCGAAUGGUUGAACGGAGUCGACUAUAUACCCGCCAAAUUACGUGCCAUAUAUGAUAUAAAUAAAAUAUUAGCACACCGACCCUGGCUGUUGCGAAAGGAGCACAUUGAGCGUCUGACCAAAGGCAAAAAUAGCUGGUCAAUGGCGGAGGUGGUGCAUGCGAUGGUCUUAAUAUCGCAUUUCCAUUCGCUAUCCUCAUUUGUGUUCUCCUGCGGUCUCACACAGAAGCUCGACGGUUUGUCUAGUCCCAAAUUGAAAGGUGCGCCCGUGCUGCUCGAUGAGGUACGCCAGACGACAACCAGUCCCAUACACCAGCAGCAACAGCAACAUCAUCAGCAGCAGCAACAUCAUCAGCAGCAGCAACAGCAGCAGCAGAAAAAUGUUCUUGGUGAGAUAUCACUGAACAAUGGCAGCAGUGGCAGCAAUGGCAGCGCUGCCACCAACAAUGCAGCAGACAAUAAUAACGCCAAAGGCAACGGAGCUGCCAACAACUUUGGCCAGCAUUAUUUGGCUACCGCUCAGCAACAGCCGCAGCAAUAUGGCAUCUCAGUGGAGACCUUGAUGGAGCGCAUGAAGGUCCUUUCCCAGAACCAGGACGAGUGCAGCGAAGCCGAGCUGAGCAAUCGCUUCAAGAGUGUCGAACUGCAGACCGCGGAGCUGGCAGCAGUUACACCUGAGGCAACUGUCACAUUGCCGCCAAUAAUCUCACACUAUGUGGACGAUGCUAGCUUUACGUAUGAGGAUUUUGCACGUCGCGGUGCCGAGAAUAUAAACACAUUUCGUAUACAGGACUAUUCGUGGGAAGAUCACGGCUAUUCUCUUGUGGAAAGUUUGUACAACGAUGUGGGCACAUUUUUGGAUGCCAAAUUUAAGGCUGCCUACAAUCUAACGUACUUUACAAUGGGUGGCAUUAAGAACGUGGAUACAUCCAAGUUUCGUCGCGCCAUUUGGAACUAUAUACAAUGCAUUUUUGGCAUACGGCACGAUGAUUACGACUACGGUGAAGUGAAUCAGCUGCUUGUGCGUCCGCUGAAAAUGUUUAUAAAGACAGUCUGCUGCUUUCCGGAGCGCAUUACCACCAAGGAUUAUGAUAGUGUGCUCGUCGAGCUGCAGGACAGUGAAAAGGUUCAUGUUAAUCUAAUGAUAAUGGAGGCCCGUAAUCAGGCCGAACUACUCUAUGCUUUGCGCGAGAUAAUGCGCUAUAUGACUUGAUCUCAUUAAGUGAUUAAUAUCUAUAUAUAUAUACAUAUAUAUAUAUAUAUAUAAACAACAUACAACAAAUAAUACAUAUAUAUAUAUAUAAAUACUUAGUCGAGCUGACGAAAACGUUUGUAAUUUUUCAGAGAGCAUUGAAAGAACAGAACAUACUAUAUAAGAAAAA